ACCGGUGACCGCACCCGCCUCUAACCUCCGCCUCCGCCUCCGCCAACCCCGCCUGCUGCCGCUCCCGGCUCACCGCCCAGCGUCACCGACACGGAGAGAAGCCACCGCCGCCGGCCCGCCGCCAGCCGCGACCGGAGAGCCAAUCCGCGGACCACGCCGACCGAGCACCCGCCAUGUCCGAGGAGCCGGCGCGGAGCUCCACGGAGUCCUCUGCGGCGUCCUCGGGGCUCGACUUCGAGGACACCAAACUCAGGCUCCGCCCCCCGGGCUCCGACCCCGACCGCAAGCGCGCUGACUCCACCUCCGACCCGGCCGACCGCGCCCGCAGCCGCUCCCCGCGCGCCCACGACGCGCCGCCGCCCUCCAACAGGCCGCGGGUGGUGGGGUGGCCGCCGGUUCGGCGCCGGCCAAACAAGGUCAAGUUCGUCAAGGUGGCCGUGGCCGGCGCGCCGUACCAGCGCAAGGUGGACCUCGAGGCGUACGCGGGCUACGACCAGCUGCUCGCCGCGCUCCAGGACAAGUUCACCGCCCACUUCACCAUCCGCCGGGGGGCGAACGAGGAGAUGGAGCUCGUCGACGUCGUGAGCGGCGCGGAGUGCGUGCCGACGUACGAGGACAAGGACGGCGACUGGAUGCUCGUCGGAGACGUCCCCUGGAGAAUGUUUGUGGAAACCUGUCAACGUCUUCGUCUGAUGAAAAGCUCCGAGGUGGUUAACUUGGCGCCAAGAGCUGGCGAAUGACAGUGUGAGGCACACCCACUCUCCUUUUCUACGGACUGGUUGCUGAGGUUGGUCUUGUGUGUGACAGAGAGAAACGUGUACAGCCUUCGACUUCUACUUUGGGUUUUGGUUCCAGCACGAGCUGAGAAAAGUUUGUAGCCUGUAGCAUCACCAGUUAUUGGUGCCUACAUACAUAUAGGCGAGCAAGAUGUUUAUGCUUUUGAAAUACACCUAUAGUUUGUCAUAUGACGAAUAAGACCAGGUUGGAGCCACCCCCCUGUUCUUUUCCAUCCCGUGUGCUAGUUUUCCAGAUUUUGUGAUGUUGCGAUGCAGGUAAGGCCCCCUGGUAUGGUAGCGCUAGAACACUUCAUAUGGUGUAACGGUUUUGCUCCGAGUUGUGUUUAUUGAAUGGUACACUAUGUAUUGUCUGUCUAUUGUUCUUCCUUUCUUCUGUCGGCUCUUUUUUUUUCCUUCACUUUUGACUAAUUCUGUUCAUAUGAUAAGCAAGAAUUCAUCUA